UGGGGAGGGGGUGACAGAAGGCCGUCCGACAGCACAGAGAGGAGCGGACAGAGAGAGGAGACAGACAGCCAGGCUUUUGCCGCACAGCAGGAUGGAGGCCCACAACGCGUCUGCCCCCCUCAACUUCACUCUGCCGCCCAACUUCGGCAAGCGCCCCACAGACCUGGCGCUGAGCGUCAUCCUGGUGCUCAUGUUGCUGGUCAUCAUGCUGUCUCUGGGCUGCACCAUGGAGUUCAGCAAGAUCAAGGCCCACUUCUGGAAGCCCAAGGGGGUGGCCAUCGCCCUGGUGGCGCAGUACGGCAUCAUGCCCCUCACCGCCUUUGCACUGGGAAAGGUCUUCAGGCUGAAUCACAUUGAGGCGCUGGCCAUCCUGGUCUGUGGCUGUUCACCGGGAGGGAACCUGUCCAACAUCUUCAGCCUGGCCAUGAAGGGCGACAUGAACCUCAGCAUCGUGAUGACCACCUGCUCCACCUUCUUCGCCCUGGGCAUGAUGCCCCUCCUCCUGUACAUCUACUCCAGGGGCAUCUAUGAUGGGGACUUGAAGGACAAGGUACCCUAUAAAGGCAUUGUGGUGUCACUCGUCCUGGUCCUUAUUCCUUGCACCAUGGGCAUCCUACUCAAUGCCAAACGGCCGCAAUAUGUACGCUAUGUCACCAAGGGAGCGACAAUCAUCAUCCUUAUGUUCAGCGUGGCUAUCAUAGCGCUCUCUGUCAUCAAUGUAGGCAACAGCAUCAUUUUUAUCACGACACCACACUUGUUGGCCACUUCCUCCCUGAUGCCUUUCACCGGUUUCCUUUUGGGCUACCUUCUCUCUGCUCUCUUCCGCCUCAAUGGAAGGUGCAGACGGACGGUCAGCAUGGAGACCGGAUGCCAAAAUGUCCAGCUCUGCUCCACUAUUCUCAACGUGACCUUCCCCCCUGAAGUCAUCGGACCACUUUUCUUCUUCCCGCUCCUUUAUAUGAUCUUCCAGCUUGGAGAAGGACUUCUCCUCAUCGCCAUCUACCGGUGCUACGUGAAAAUCAAGCCUCAUAAAGAUAAAACCAAGAUCAUCUACACAGCUGCCUCCACUGAAGAAACAAAUCCAGGAGUUCUGAGCAAUGGUGCCCACUCAAAGGAGGAGUACUCGCCACCUGAAACUUCACCCUAGCAGCCUGGAACUUGGUCACGACCCAACUCAGAGCAGAAUGAAGGAAACAUGGAUGUCUUUCUCAAGCAUCUCUUAAAGGAAGUCUCACUCAUCAAGCCUUGCCAGGAGGACAGAAGAUGGGGGGGGGGGGGAGCUAUAGAAAAAAAUCUCACUCCCUGCUUAGAAUAUUUACUUACAGAAUAGACUUGUUCAGUGACAGCCCUGUGAAGGCAGGAAGGGACCAAAGUUGUCUUGCUCUCCUCCAACUGUCUAUAAUAGAGCAGAGCCUAACAGUCCUAUGAAAGGGAAAUGUCUUUUUUUUUUUUUUAAGAAAGGAGACAGUAACAAAACCAUAGAAUAAGAGGGGUACAGUU